AUGCCCGGAAUCAUCGAGAAGACCAAGGAUGCCGUCAGCAACGCUGCUGAAGCGGUAAAGGACAAAAUGGCCGACCUGACCGGAAUGGGGCAUGAAGAACGAGCCAAGGACUCGGCCCGCAGUGCCUGGGAGGAGACAAAGGAUAAGGCUUACGACAAGAAGGAGGACCUGAAGGACUGGGCACACGACAAGGCCCGCGAUGCCGACCGCAAAAUGGACCGCUAU